AUGGAUCGCCAUCAUCCUUUAGAAAGAGGUGUGUCAAAAGCAGCAUUUGACAGGACUCCCUCCACUAAAAACAUUAAUAUGAACUCUUCCAUGUCAUCCAUAGCUAUUGGUAGUGUAAUUUCGCCAGCAGCCGAGACGAGUAAUCCAAACGAAACUAGUACAGUUGCUUCAACCUCUACUAGUUUACAAACAAAUCAGUACAACGCAAAGAAAAUACUUUCCUCUUUUUUUUCCUAUUUGUUCUAUUUUCAAGAUGGUGGAUUGAAGAAAGGAUACAAGAAUUACAUAUUCUUCCUAGUUUUGAAUAUUUACUUUUUGUAUAUUGGAAUAUUUUUGCCUGUUUUAGGAGAAAGCUUGACCAGCUCAACAUAUGGAGAAUGGGGAGUAUGGUUGGCUAACGUUUUAAACUGGCCAUUAAGUUUGUCAUUGGAUAGACUUCCUUAUAUUGGCUCGGUUGUUAUUUCCUUUGUAGGAGUUGGUUUUGUAUUUAUAUUAUGUUGUGUUGUAGGAGCAUCAAUGUAUGCCUUUAAGAUUACUUCGAAAUUUCUGCCAUAUUUGAGACAGGUUUUUUCCAUUUCAUGUAGAGUAUUUUUGCUUGGUUCAAGCGUAUUCUUAUUUGUAAUGAUGAAUACUAUUUUCAAUUGUGAUUUGGAUCAAGGUGUACUCACUAGUUUUCCAAAUGAGAAAAUUUCAUGCUAUUCGUCAAUGUCGCAAACACAAAUAUUGUUUACGAUAGUGUUCUCAUUGGCAUCCAUAUUAUUGAUCAUUUUGAAUGGAGUUUGCCUCUUUAUUACUACAAAUUGUCACAUGCUCAAUUCAACCCCAUUCAUUUCAGAGAGUCCAAUUAUUAUUGCCUGCUUGCAGUCCACAACCUUGAUACAAUUAUGCGUUCAAAUGUUGGUACCUUUUCAAUACUCAUACGUAAGAAGUGCUAUACACUUGAUAUGUAGUAUUGGAUUGGCAAUACUUCAUUUUAAAACUAUGCCUUUUUACAAAAAAAUUGAUAACUCAUUGUUCGGAAUAGGUUUAGGAGCUAGAGUUGGAGCAGCCUUGGCAGCACUUGUUUCAAACAUAUUAUUUACCACAGUUCCAAAGUCGUCGUUUGACUAUAAUGGAUUGGGGAUAGGGCUUGCUUGUUUUGUUCUGGUUCUAGCUGUUUUAUUUGGUAUUACGUAUUGUGUGUUUGUUGAGUUUGUUGUAAGACGUCACUUGAAAUUAAUUAGGAACAAUAUUUCAGAGUUUGCCAGUACUAGCACUGACGAAAAUACUACAAACCAAGAAGCCACAGAUGGUAAUGAGAAUGCAGCUGACCUUAGUUUCUUAAAGGUACUAGAGUCUGGAUCAUUUUACUUUUAUCAAGGUAUUAUGGAGAGUGGAUACCAGAAAUCUCUUGCCCUUUUUCUCAAAUUUUCCUUUCUUAGUAACUCCUAUAUAAGAUCAAUUGGUGGAAAUGUUAGUGUUUAUGAUGUUGAUGCAACUAUUGCAUUUAUCAAGGGAAUUACUACUCAAAGUUCAUUCACAGAUUACAGUUUACUCAUUCUCUUUGCAUCCAUUAUAUCCAAUGUCAAUAUUGCCGAUUCCAACGCACAAACUUUUUCCAAAUCAGUACUAUCUAAAAUUAAGAGAAGAAAACCUGGCCUUUACUACAAAUAUCAAAUUAAUGUAAAAUUGAAAGAAAUUGCCAAGAAUGAAACUGGAACCACAAGGUAUGAACUUCAAAAUAGUUUGGAAGACCUGGAAUUACAACAAGAUAUCUUGAGAUCUCUGCACAGAGAUGUAUGGAAAGAAUUAAUGAAUGAGAUUGUAAAUUAUAAUAUUCUAGAGGCUACAGUUCUUAAAAUUGGUUCAAUUAUUGAAAGUUCUGACACUACCUACAAUAAUCUGUUGUCUGCAUAUCCUUCUGAUAAGGACUUAGUUAUUUCGUAUGGAAAAUUUUUAGAGUCGUUCAUGUUUAACAAGGAAGAAGCAACUGAAUUAUUCACAGAGGCAAUCAAGUUAGAGGCAGAGGAAAAGAAUGCAAUGAAGGCAAAGGUUAGGCGAUCAGUAUCUAAUAAGGCCAAAUAUAGAUUUAGUGGCUCAGAUUCAAUGUACAGAAAGAACAAGGCCUUCAAUAUGUCUGCAACAGAAGAUGAUAACGCAUCAGAUCCUAGUAUGAAUGUAGUUGGGGAAUCAUUUGAUGGGAUUGAGAACAGAAAUGACGUGUUCAGAAACAAUUUGGCUAUUCCUCAUUCUACAAGUUUCAGAUGUUCACUUUUUGUAGCUUUUGUUUUAUUUUCAUUAUUAUUUUUUGCUGUUUGUCUUUCGAUGUCAAUUUACUUUUCCUAUAUGGUAACUUCUGAGGUUAUGCUUGUAUUUACUUCAUGUUCCACCAUUUCUACAAAUACUCACACAAUAUCUGAGGUCAGAACUUUCCAAGCCUUUUCCUAUCUCUAUAAGAAUGAAUCUGAUUGGUCACAGAUGAUGAAAGAUUAUGGAUAUGAAACAGUGCUCGAAUAUAAACAGAGUCAUAGAGCCGCUCUUAACGACAUCAUUAAUACUUAUCAAACUAUCAAAAACAUGGCCAGUCAUGGAAAGUUUUCACUUGCUUUAUAUUCUGAUUUCCAUGAAGUGUAUUAUCCUCUCUACAAGCCUCAAACUGUGUACGGUAGUAAUAACCAAUCUUUCACUUCUUUCAUUCAAAUUAAUGCCACCAUUGCUGACUUUACCAAUAUGGCCAUAUCCUCUGUCACAGAUCUGAUCAGCUCUAUAGAUUCUGGUCAUAAUAGUACAUAUGAUGAUUAUGCAUUUAUGUGGGUAUACUACAAUAAUGACACUGUAAUUCAGGCCUUUAAUUCAUUUUGUAACCAGUAUAUGGACAGAUCAAUCGAUAAUGGAGCUAUGUAUCAGUAUAUUAUAAUUGGAGUGUAUUUUAGUCUCUUAUUCAUUUAUCUACUACUAGGAAUAUUAUUUAUUUACUAUGUCUAUAAGGAUUUGAAAUUUACGGAUAGUAUUUUCAAACUUUAUGAGAAGUCUAUUUCUAAAAACAUUAUUGGAAAAAUUUAUCACUCGUUGAAUGCAAGAAAUGGUAGAAGAGAUGUUUCUCUUAAAAUAGAAUACAGUAAGGUAUUCAAUCCAAGAAUGUUGGUAAUAUUCACGGCUGUUGGUAUUUUGGUGUUCACUUCGUUAAGUUGUGGUCUUUUUGUAGAGGAAAUGACUGGAAACGGCGUGUAUGCUCGUCAAUCCUAUGUUACUAUGAAAGAUUCAAAUGACGCUGCCUAUUAUCUUCAACAUUUAAUUUUUGCAGUAACAGAGCUGUAUAUGCAUACCUCUCUUCCAAGCUCUUUGCCAAUAAUCAACCCUCCACUGAGAACCAGUUCAGAAGUUUAUGCCCUGUAUUCGGAAAUAGAGCCAUUGGUGGCCAAAGUAAGAUAUUUUUGGAAUUUAUGUAUGUAUGGAUCUUCAACAAAGAAGGACGAAACUUUAGUGAUAGGCAUGUACCCUGAAAUCGAUAUGAUAAUUAGAGGAGACGAUAACUGUACUUUUCAAGAAGUGAAAAAAUAUGGUAGCAAUUGCACAAUAAGCAUGGACACCGUUGUAGCUACAAUGUUGGAUUUGACAGUUUUGCUAUCUCAAAAAGUUUCAUCAAAAUCCAGUGAUGUUCACGAGCUGUAUGCCCAAGUUUUACUGUACAUGACACAUGUGUCCUCUACAUUGAUAGAAUUCUCAGGUAUAUUUGCUAUUUAUGCGGCAGUUCCCUUAUUCUCACUUGACACAGGUUUUGGAAUUGUGACUGUUCCAUUCAUAACAAUAUUAUUCUUCUUUAUUUACAAGCAAUUCAGUAGUUAUUCUGAUGGAGUUAACUCUUUGAGAAUGAUUCUAAACUAUUUGAAUACAGAUGCCAUAGAAAGCUCUGAGGACUUGAGAAACUAUAUUUUAUUCCAUCAAGUAGAUCCAAAGGCAAGAUCCACAGGUGCCACAGCUACUUUAAAAAGGACUUUCUCAAAAUCUAACAAGGUAUAUGCUCUCAAUGAUAACAAUACCUCUAUCAUUCAAUCUGUUUUGAAUGCCUCAAUAGAUGGAGUAGCUAUGUGUUGGAAUUCAAAAGGUGAUAUUGAUGCCUUUAAUCCAGUUGCCCAAACCAUGUUUGGAUACAACAAGACUGAAAUCAUAGGAACAUCAAUAUUCGAUUUGUUUGAGGACGCUAUUAAGGAUAAGGUAAAAAAAUCCGUAGAGGCAAUAGUGCAAUCUAUACGAAGCAAUCAAUCUAACGAGGAUGUUUCCACAGGAGAGACUUUUGAAGGAGAAUGUAUUAGAAAGAACAAGACGAAAUUUCCAAGCAAGAUUAGCAUAUUUGUUGUGCUGCAUAAGGGAAAGGAGUUGGUUGUUUGUUUCAUUGCUGAUCAAACCUCUGAGAAGAAAAAGAAUGCCCUAUUACAGGAUGAGAAGAAACACUCUGAAGAAUUGUUACUAAACAUUCUACCUUUCUCAGUUGCUAACAAGUUGAAAAAUUCUACCGGAGAGAGUUUUAUUUCAGAGAAAUUGAAUUGCAUUACAUGUUUCUUCUCAGAUAUGGUUGGAUUCACACAAAUGUCUUCCAACAUGGCCUCCCACGAAUUGGUAGGAUUGUUAAAUGAAAUUGUUAAUGGUUUUGAUGAUUUGACAUUGAAAUAUAAUAUUGAAAAAAUCAAGACUAUUGGAGAUGCUUAUUUUGCAGUUUCCGGUCUCAACGAACUUCCAGAUUCAGAUCAUGCUGAAAGAAUGUGUAAAUUUGCUUGUGAAUCAUUUGGAGUUAUCAAAAAUUACAAUACCAAAACAAUAGAGAAGUUUAUUAGAGAGAGAUUUGAAAAUAAUCAACAACAAUUAAUACCUCCUCAUCAAAUUAAUAUCCGUGUUGGUAUCAAUACUGGACCAGCUACAUCUGGUGUUAUUGGAAAGAGAAAGUUUGCAUUUGAUUUGUGGGGUGAUACAGUGAAUACUGCCUCAAGAAUGGAAUCAACCUCAAUAGCAGGAAGAAUUCAAAUUUCUAGAGCAACCUAUGAAAGAGUACAUGAUAUGUACACCUACGAAGAGAGAAUUGUUCAGGUGAAAGGAAAAGGAGAAUGUCAGACCUAUCUCAUUCAACCUAUUCACCACGAAAAUCCAAUAAUAGAAUUCGAAUCUCUUGAGGAUGUAAAUGAGGAAAAUCAGAAGAGUGAGGCAAUAAUUUCCAACAUUUAACAAAACCUUAGUUAGAACUCUGUACAUUCAACCUACCUUUCCGAAGGUUCCGUAUUUUCAUUUUCAUUUUUGCAUUCCACCUUCAAUCUCGAUCUUUAAAUACUUUACACCAAAGUUCACAUUGAUUAAAUUAUUAAAAUAAAAAUGCUAACUGAAG